ACUCAAGAUACCUACGUCAAGCAUCAAGCAAUCCCUUCUCACUUUGUGGCUUGCGAACAACGUACAAGCAACAAUCUCAACCUACCUGUCUAUUGUCGAUUGGUUUAGUACCUUGUGUGCUUAGUUUAAUCUUCUCCAACAUAUGCCAUAUUGCCUGUUAUAGGCCGCAAUCGAUCUUUAUUAAUCUGCGCACCGUUUUGUUGCGGUUGUACACCAGCCCGAUAUCUUGAGGAUUUGCAUCAAAAUGACCUCUAUCCAGGAGAUUCCGCUCGACGCCACGAGCGCUGACGUGCCGUUAGAUCCCUGCGACGAUGUUACUAGUAUUUCCACCGAGAUCGACGUCUCGGAAGUAGCAGUGUCUCCUAGCAAAACUGAUAAAAUCACAACUGCCCUGGAUGCUACAGGUGAUGAUAUCGCAGCUCUUUCUGAUGGAGUCUCUGGCGACCAAUUUAAGGCUGCUGACAGCUCCGCUAGCUCUGUUGUGUCCAUCCAGGAAUCGCAUCACUGGGAGGAACAGUUGGUCGUCGAUUCGAGUUCCUCUAACAUGGCGAAAUCGAUCAUUUACUUUGAUAUCGACAGCGAUCUCGAUAUUCCGCUCAGCACUCAUCGCGGUGCCACCGUGUGCAAGGUCUCAUCAGCUCAUCUUGCUCUUGCGUCUCCUGUGUGGCGCACUAUGCUAUACGGCAAUGAUGCUGUCAAGAGAUCAGAUGUAGAAGAUUGGGUGGUCUCCAUCGACGGCGACGCGUCCGCCUUGAUAACCCUCUUCCGCAUCAUUCAUUAUGAAUUCAACAAGAUACCGACUACAGUGUCUCUAGACGAACUUCAUUCUAUUGCGGUCGCCGUUAGUCAAUACAAGUGUGCUCAUCUAGUCUAUCCUUGGGCAGAGACGUGGGUCAACAGCCUCCCGAAAUAUGAUACCACCGAAGAAUAUCACCGUAGCUCCCGAAAAACCGUAUUCAUUGCCUGGGUAUUAGGCGACGUUCCGCUCUUUCGAUACUCGGUUGAACAAAUAGUUCUUAGUUCCAAGCUAAUUGAUGGCCAACUUGUGGACGCCGAUGGAAAGUCAUUGUCCGAUAUGGAAGACAUCCAUAAGGACCUACCCGGAUGGAUUAGUACUACGAGAUUAGAGAUCAUCAGUCAAAUCCUGGAUGCUCUAAGGGAACCCUUUAGACGACCUAUAUCUGCUGAUGGAUCUUGCCAGCCACCCUUCUGCAAGCUAGGUUCGCAACAGAAAGAGUGCGAAACUAUGAUGCUAGGGUCCAUAAUUCUACAACUCGUAGCUACUAAACUAUUCCCGGCACCCGAGCCACACGAAUUUACGGACAGCAUAGAAACUCUGCGAUCGAAAAUCAACAAGAUCAAGUACACACCUUAUGAGGGUCGCGAUUGGAUGCCUCACCUAUCUCAUGUUGGUUGUAGCCUUGGAUAUAGCGAAGCGGCAGAAGAAAGCGUGGCAAAUAUGCGAAUUCCGCUCGAUCAUGGCUUUAUGAGUGAUUUUUUUACGAGGGCUCGCGUCUCGGGUGUCAAAAAGAGCUUAGAGUUUGACGAAUGUUUUCAUCAGAUGUACGCGACGUGAUUCGAACACGUAGCUACACUAAGAAACAGUUGAAGGAAGCGGCCGAUAGCAGGGAACCAGUUAGGGAUCACUUUGUUAUCCUACCGGCGCGAUGAUAUUUUUGGGGUCCUCGAGACUUGUUAUGAAGAGUGACUUAUUGAAGGGAGUGAUACUGAAUUUGUUUCUUGGGUCUUCCCUUGCUCUUGUCCUAAUUGUCCAUCAGCUUUACUUUCCCUACGAUCAAUAGUCCCAAAGUAAGCAACACGGCUGAUCAUAGGAGGAGAAGUGACGUCCGAGUCUGUUUCUCGCUUGUUUGAGGUUAAUAGGUGCCCACCUAGGUAAUUAGUUAAUAAUUCGUGCUCUUAUAUUAUAUGGAAUCUGCCAUAUCGAACUUGGUGCUAUGCAACCAUGUUGGUGCAUUCAUGAAAUGAAGCGUCUACCAAUCAAUCAAUACGCGAGAUUAUAUUUAUUAUCAGAGAAGGCAACUUUCUCCGUAAAUAC